GGUCACUUAGCAUAAGAAAUGAUUCCAGGUGCCUGUCAAACUCUUGCCAAAAGAACUCUACAUGUGAUGCUGCUGCUAAGGACGAUUCCUGCCGCUGUGCAGACACAGUUGAUAUUUUGGGGGAAGACUGCAAUAAAACUGAUGAUCCUUGCGCCUCAAACCCUUGUCUUCAAAAUGCUACCUGUUUAAGCACUGCAGGAAACCUCAGCUUUACUUGUGAAUGCCACACUGGGUACAGUGGAACUACCUGUGAAACAGCCAUCAGCCUCUGUGACACAAACCCUUGUAGACAUGGAGGCACUUGUCAGAAUGGCGUGGCUGGCCCUACCUGCAUUUGUAGUGCAGGAUACACGGGCAUGCUGUGUGAGACCUACUUCAAUGUGUGCAUUUCUAAUCCAUGCCACAAUGGAGCAUUGUGCAGGGAAGGAAUUGACGGGUACUCCUGCUACUGUGUCCCAGGCUAUCAAGGCAAGCACUGUGACCUGGAAGUGAAUGAAUGUGAUUCAGAUCCCUGCUUGAAUGGGGCUACAUGCCUGAACCAGAUAGGCAAGUAUGACUGCAUCUGCCCAGCUGAGUACAUGG